AUGGGUCACACUACUACCAACGUUCCGAUGUCAUGGAUAGAAGUUAACCAUGUUCAAAUGGUGUGGUGCAAACAAUUGGUCAAGGCGAUUAAUAGAGCCUUAUUUGACAGCGUCGACACAUCCACACAUCAAAUAUCUCUGGAUUCGACUCAAAGAAGAACAGCUUUCCAUCAUCACUUGAUUCACCAUAGUGGUACGAAAGUGAAGAAUCGCGACAAAUAUUACGAAACUGUCGACAUUGACAAUAGAGGAGAAUGGUCGGAGAGUAUUUUGAAAAGGUACACCAUCAGUUAUAGGAACGGCGUGAAAGACACGCGUUGGCACAUGGUGGGACUUUCGAACUUGCCGGGCUAUGACAUCUUGACUGUAUUAGCCGUUAAUUUGGAAACCGUCGAUUGGGUUUUCGCCUGUAAUGCCAACUUUCCCAGAGGUUCCAGUAGAAUAUGUUCAGAGGCUAUUCACUUGACACACUUGUCGGAAAUCGCUCCAUCUGCAAAAUUCAAGAGGAGAUACGUACAAAUCGAUAUGCGUGAGUUGAGAAAAAACCACCGUGACCUGACUCAUGUAGUUUUCAGAGUCUUCCCCACACGCGAACCGAUCGUUCAGUCCUAUCAACUGUAUGUGGAACCAGUAGACUGUUUGGCGGAAAAUCAUCAUUCGACAGCCAGCUUGAUCGUACCUUGGAGCAAUGAAAACUAUCACAAGUUUUUUACAAAUGUGGAUAAGAAGCCUAUGGAUAUUAGAUUGUAUAGUUCCAAGCCUAACGCAAUGAAAAAUGCCUCUGUUGUCAUAAAACUAACUCUGGACCCUGCCUGUCAAUAUCGAAUAAGCAUCAAGUCGUCCCUGAUGAACAUGCUCUCUCAGAUAUCCAGAAAUUACACUCCGUUGCUUUUAACGAACGUCGCUGCUGUCACGUUGAUGGCUCUCAGGUUCCAAUUGAAGAGCCUCGAGGGUGGCUACUGCUCCGCCGUAUUCUCGGCAAUCAACGAGGGUGCCAAACCGUACUACGUGUUGACAGCUUCCAAAGUUUUGUCGCAGCUGCUCAGCUCACCAAAACUUUCCAGUUUCUUACCCAAGCCGGAUAUUGUUUAUAUGGCUGAGGAAGGCACCGAUCUGUUCUUUUUGCCGUUGCUGUUGUAUUUAUGUGGCGUCGGAUUGGUGUGGAUGUUUGCCGUAGUUUUGGGCAUUUCGCUCAUUGCUUUCGAGUCCACAGUGCACAAACUGGCCUUGAGGUAUGUUUUAUAA